AUGGGGAUCUUUAAUGAAUUUAAUAUAGAAUUAAAUCAACUUACACCAUUACAAGAAUAUGACAUAAUUAUUGAACCAAUAUUUCAUAAAUAUAAAGGAAUUGCUGAAUCCAUUACGACAGAUAAAUUGAAUCCUUCCAUGGAUUGUAAUUUAACAUUUGAACAAAUAAAUCAUAAUGAAAGUUUCAUUUAUUGGUCAUUACCAUCGUUAAUUAGAUCCAAUCUAUUGAAUAUAAUAAAUAAUUCUAUGUAUUUACUUGAAAUUUCACAUAUUGGUAGACCAGAAAAGAAUUUAGAAAAGACAUGCUUUAUACAUAGUUGUUCAAUGGGUAAUUCAUCAGAAAAAGUUAUGAAUUUUCUACCACAAUUGGAAAAUGAACCACAACGUUUAAAUUGUUUCACAAUUAAACUACCUAUUUAUAAUGAAACAACAAAAUUUACCUUCAAUUGUCCAUUAAUACCAUGUAAAUUAUAUGAAAUCUCUAUUCGACUUUUAUAUCAGAAUCAAUUUAUUAAUGAAUUCAAUUGUAAACGACGAUUUAUACGAAAUGGUUUAGUAUCCAAAUCCCCGUCAAAUGUUUAUGCAAAAGCAUUAGCUAAUAAUAUGAUUCUAUUUCAAAUGAAUAAACCGAAUCCAUCAACAUUUAAUCAUUGCAAUAUAUAUGGUUAUAUUAUAUCGUUUAAUAAUAAUGAUGAUGAUGAUGAUGAAUAUCAAACCAUUCAAUCAUAUCAUUAUAGAAAUUUCACAAUUAUUCAUCUAAAUGAUUUACAAAAUAACAUGAAUUCACAUUUACAUGUAUAUCAUAAUAUGUCAAGUGAUCAAUUCUUUCUUAAUAAUCCAUUCCCUUCAGCUAAUUCUAUUUCAGUUCGUAUUCAAUCUAUUCCAAUGGAUGAUAAAAAUUGGAUUGAUUUAAACAUUCCAUUAAUAAAUUCAAAUUGUUAUUUAGAUUGUAUUUGGCCAAAUCAACCUCCAUAUUAUCGAUUUACACAAAUACUAAAUCACUAUAAUUAUAUAGGUCAACAUAAAAGUUAUGUAAUUCCUCAAACCAUAAAAAAUAGUUUACAAAUUUUUCAAUGUUCAACAAUGAUAGAUCAAGUUAAUAGUCAUUCUAGAUUAUGUCAAUUUAAUUCAAAUAUACAAUUAUCCGAGUACACAUUUUGUAUGGAUACUUAUUCAUCUAUUAAAACAUGUUUUGUUCCUACAUGUGAUGAAACUGCUCUUAUUCCAUGUGUAACUUUGCCAAAAUCUAUCAUUGCUAAUUCAUCCACCAUACAAAUUGAAUGGUUAACAACUCAAUUGUCAUUACAAGAAAAUAAUUCAUUUCAAUUAGAUUUUCAUAAUAAUGAUCAAAUGAAACCUGAUUCUUAUUUAAUUAUUUUAAAUCAGUUGAAUGAAUUUUAUGGAAUUAAACAUGGAGUAUGUGCUCAAUAUUCAUUUGUGGUUAUAUCCAAAGAUACUCAUGAAAAUUGGAAAAAUUAUUUUCAUGAUUUAAUUAUUCAAUCAUUAAUUAUAUCAUGUCUUGGACAAACAACCUAUUCAUAUCCUGAAUUAAAACAAUCCAACAUGAUUAUAUUUGAUAAACUUAUACCAAGUACAUUAUAUGAGAUUAAUAUUAUACCAUUUAAUAAAUACGGUAAACCAGGAUCAAAUUGGAGACAAGAAAUCUAUACUACAAUUGCAAUUCCAUGUAAACCAGAUAGUAUGGAAUUCUAUAAAAUUGAAUCACACGCUCUUUCAAUUAAAUGGUAUUUAUCAAGAAAUAUUUAUUGUGGUUAUCCAUCACGUAUUAUUGUUUAUUAUAAACAUAUGAAUAGUGAUGAUAGUGAUAAUAUGAAUGAAGAAUGGUAUAAUAUUGAUACAGAAUAUACAUUAGAACAUAUAAGAAUAUCUUCAUUAAGACCAUGUCAAUUAUAUUGUAUUAAAAUGAAAUUUAUUAAUCAAGCUGGUAUAGGACCAAUAUCAAAUAGAAUUUGUAAUAGAACUAAACGAGCAGCUUUUACAAAUAUACCAAUAUUGACAAGUCAAAUAAUAGAACCUAAUCAACAAAAAACAUCAAAUAAUCCAUUUAUCAUAAUGUUACGUUUACAAAUUCAUUUGAAUUAUACCAUUUAUUGUCCUGUUCAAUAUGAAUUUCUAAUCAAUAUUUAUAAUGAUGAAGAAAAUCCUAUGAUUAUCAUUUCAUCUAAUCCUGAAGUUAUUCUUCGUAAUAAUAUACAACGUGGAAUGUUAUAUCAAUUACGUGGACGAGUACGUUCAAAUGAAUCAGUUUCUACGUCAAUAAUACAUAAUGAAAUGGACAUGUUCAAAUUUAGUCAAUGGGCUCCAAUUACUCUAUUUUAUGCAAAUAUGUCACAUUUUGAAUUUAACAAUUUCACAUUGAAUGUACAACGUCCAAUAGAAAUUUACAAAUCCAAUGGGAACAAUAAUGAUUAUUAUCAUUAUCAGUGUUUAUUCAAUAAUGAAUAUAACAAUGACCUUGGUAACAAUUCACUAGCACCACCACUAACAACAGUAACAAAACCACCACCCACAACAACAACCACAACAACCAUGUUAAAAAUCUAUGAUUUCAAUCAAUAUAAUAAUAAUACCCAUUAUAUUGAUCGACAAUAUUCUAUCAAUCAUAGUUUAUUAAAUAAGAAUAGUUAUUGUUUACAUAUGAAAUGGAAUAUUUCAGGGAAUUUAUAUGGAUUAUUAGGUUUUGCAAUACAAUUUUUUAUCCCAUUCAAUUCACCUAAUAUGAAUGAUCAAUUACAUAAUAAUAUGAAUUUAUUACAACAAUGUGUACAAUUUCUUUGGUUACCAUGUAAUGGAUGUUUAGGAAAUUAUUCAUUGCGAAAUGUUCAUCCGAAUGUUUUGGAAAAAUUAAGAAAACUAAUUGAUAUCUGUAAAUUAGACAGGAACCCAUAUCAACCUACAUGA